AUGCUGAAGCUGCAAGUAAGCGGGAAGGUGAUCUUGUCUACUAUUCGUUGUCGAAGAGAGAUGUCGACUUCUUCCUCUUACGUUUUUGGGCCUUACAAGAUCGAUCCUCGUGAAGUGUUCUACGCAACUCCUUUUUCUUACGCCAUGGUUAAUCUCCGCCCGCUUCUUCCUGCUGAUGAGACCAGCGAUCUCUGGCUUACUGCUCAGAAGAUUGGCUCUAAGAUUGAGAAAUUCCACAAUGCAUCUUCUCUCACAUUAGCCAUCCAAGAUGGGCCUCAGGCGGGACAGAGUGUUCCCCAUGUACACAUUCACGUCUUGCCUCGUAAAGGUGGUGACUUUGAGAAGAAUGAUGAAAUCUAUGAUGCCAUUGAUGAGAAGGAGAAAGAACUAAAGCAGAAGCUUGAUCUAGAUAAAGAACGAGUUGACCGGAGCGUUGAUGAGAUGGCUGAGGAGGCUUCCCAAUACAGGUCUCUGUUCGAUCAGUAG